UUGCAUCCGCCCUUUUGACUGCAGUUCAAACAGAGGGGCGCUUUUUGUAACGAACAGUCAGUCAGAGAUCACAUGAGCUGCGUUCAUGUGACUUGAGGCACGUGCUUCCCGGAAUAAAUAAGGCACAAGGAACAACACUCAUUAGUACAAUACUCGGGUGGUCUUCGCAGUGGGGAGGACCUGGAGCCAAACAUUUGAUACAUUUUACAUCAACAGGCCACAAACAAGCGACAGACAAAAUGUGGCAUGCCGCUGUACUCCUACUGGCUGCCUGCUCGUCUGUGAGCCUGGCCAGACCCCACCUACAUCCUCUGACCAGUGAGAUGGUUAACUACAUUAAUAAGAUCAACACAACCUGGAAGGCAGGGCACAACUUCCGUCAUGAGGACUACGGAUAUGUCAAGAAACUCUGUGGUACAAUGCUGAAAGGACCAAAACUUCCCACCAUGGUUCAGUAUGCCGGAGACUUUAAGCUGCCUAAACAAUUUGAUCCCAGAGAGCAGUGGCCUAACUGUCCAACGCUGAAGGAAAUCAGAGACCAGGGCUCCUGUGGAUCCUGCUGGGCGUUUGGUGCUGCAGAGGCCAUCUCUGACCGUUUGUGCAUCCACAGCAACGCUCAAGUCAGUGUGGAGAUCUCCUCCGAGGAUCUGCUGACCUGCUGUGACAGCUGUGGGAUGGGAUGUAAUGGUGGUUACCCUUCAGCUGCCUGGGACUUCUGGUCCAAAGAGGGACUGGUGACCGGAGGUCUUUAUGACUCUCACAUGGGUUGCAGGCCCUACACCAUCCCUCCCUGUGAGCACCAUGUGAAUGGCAGCAGACCCCCCUGCACAGGGGAGGGUGGGGACACUCCUCAGUGCAAAAGCCAGUGCGAGACAGGAUACACACCCAGCUACACUGAGGACAAACACUAUGGUAAAACAUCCUACAGUGUGCCAUCAGAGGUGGAACAGAUUCAGUAUGAGCUAUUCAAGAACGGCCCAGUAGAGGGAGCCUUUACAGUGUGUAUCAGCAUGUGUCAGGCUCCCCUCUGGGUGGACACGCUAUUAAGAUCCUGGGCUGGGGAGAGGAAGACGGCGUUCCUUACUGGCUCUGUGCCAACUCCUGGAACACUGACUGGGGCGAUAACGGAUACUUUAAAAUCCUGCGGGGCGCGGAUCACUGUGGUAUUGAGUCUGAGAUUGUGGCAGGAAUCCCAAAAUAAACCCCAAGGUAAGAUAAGCUCUGUUUUGAACUGCAGCAUCAAUACAUAAUCACUAGAGGGCAACACACUUCGCUCACCUACCACAAAACAAUGUUAUUGCUUUUAGUCCUUUUUAGAUGAUAACUGUUGACUUUGCACAACAGUUUGACAUAUUAUGGAAACAAUCAUGUACUGUAUGGGGGAUUCGGGGAAUGACAUGACAGAAACUCAGUGCCUGUACGCUAAUACAGAUUUCUAAGAAGAUGGUGAUACGUGUAAACAGAGCUGUUGGCAUGUCUUGUGUCAAGGUGACACAGGAGGAAAGUAUUUUAAGACUCCAGUGCAUUUCUUUUUAGGCCAGUUACUUUGAAGCAGGUUAUGGCUGAUGUAGAGAUAAAUGAGUACCGUCAGACCCUGUCUUCGCAACUCAUAUUAGACGCCGGAAUAAAUUUAAGGCCAUUUAAGAACAAAUGCUGAAUUAGUUUAAGUCCAACUUAAUAGGCAGAGGUACGUUUUUCUGGAGGGAAUUUGGAAUGGGCCGGCAAUUUUUUUGUCUAAAUGUCUGGAAGCACUGCUCAUGCCUGGUGCCUGUUGGUUUGUUUCAAAUCUAUGUAUUAGGUGACAAAUUCUACUUUUUAUUCUAAGAAAAUUGAUGGCAAUGGGAGAGAUUUAUGAUCAUAAAGGCAUAUUGGUGUUUUUUUAUUAUUAUUAAAUGACAUUUUGGUUGUCA